AUGGCUAACUCCAAGGGCACCCAUGAUGUUCCCCCACCGUCGCCUUACAGCGAUCUCCCUGAGGUGGUCUCGGACGACAUUCUCCCCUCUUAUGACACUGUCGUCAACAACGAUCUGCUUCAGCAAACAACCGCCGUCAGAGACGAUGGCCGCAUCGAUGUCGACUUAAACUCCCGAUUCUGCAGAACACUCUCACGAUUCAUCCCCGACAUCAAGACCCCUCUUCCAGAAGCCGAGGAAUCUCCUCCCCAGUACUACGCGGAGCUCGGAGGGUCACCGGUGCCCCCCAGAUUCCCCGUCAAGCUCAACAUCGUCAUCCAGGUUGUCGGCAGCCGCGGCGACGUCCAGCCAUUUGUGGCUCUCGGUAGCGAACUCCAGAAACACGGCCACCGCGUCCGCCUAGCUACCCACAAUGUCUUCGACUCGUUCGUGCGCGACGCUGGGCUCGAGUUCUACCCCAUCGGCGGCAACCCCUCGGAGCUGAUGGCGUACAUGGUCCGCAACCCCGGACUGAUCCCCAGCUUGAAGACCCUCCGAGGCGGCGAGAUUCAGAGAAAACGGGAGAUGGUUGCCGAGAUGCUGAACGGGUGCUGGAUGUCCUGUCUAGAGCCGGAUCCGGUAACAGGAAAGCCCUUUGUUGCAGACGCCAUCAUUGCCAACCCUCCCAGUUUCGCCCAUGUACACUGCGCGCAGGCGAUGAAGAUUCCCGUUCAUCUCAUGUUCACGAUGCCCUGGACAAGCACAAAGGCGUUCUCUCACCCGCUGGCGAACCUCAAGUUUGGCGAAAAGGCGGGAAUGGAUACAGCAACAGCCAACUACGUAUCUUACAGUGUCGUGGAAUGGCUAACUUGGCAGGGACUUGGAGACGUCAUCAAUGACUGGCGGAAGACAAUUGACCUGGAACCUGUACCCCUAUCUGAAGGCCCUCUUCUAGCUGAGACGCUUAAAAUCCCCUUCACAUACUGCUGGUCUCCGGCGCUGGUCAGCAAGCCACGGGACUGGCCUUCGUAUAUCGAUGUAUGCGGUUUCUUCUUUCGCGAGCCGCCCAACUACACACCGCCAGCCGACCUUGCAGACUUCCUAGCCCAGGGACCACCGCCCAUUUACAUCGGAUUCGGAAGUAUCGUGAUCGAUGAUCCAGAGACCAUGACCAAGACCCUUGUCGAAGCUGUCCGUCGGACCGGCGUUCGCGCCAUCAUCUCCAAGGGCUGGAGCAACCUCGGGGGCGUGGAGGAGAAGAACGUUUUCUUCCUAGGAGACUGUCCUCACGAGUGGCUCUUUGCCCACGUUACCGCUGUCUUUCACCAUGGCGGCGCAGGAACCACGGCAUGCGGUCUCCUGAACGGCCGGCCAACGACAAUUGUGCCCUUUUUUGGAGACCAGCCGUUCUGGGGAGAGAUGGUUGCGGCAUCAGGAGCAGGUCCACACCCAAUCCAUCACAAGAAGCUCAAUGUGCAAAACCUCUCCGAGGCUAUCCAGUUCUGCCUUACCCCGGAGGCUGCUCGCGCUGCUGCGGGCUUGGCUUCGAGGAUGAAGACGGAGAGCGGUGUUGCGACUGCAGUGAGGUCGUUUCACGCCAACCUCCCGCUGGAAAACCUGCAGUGCGAUAUUAUCAGCGGCCAGCCUGCGGUCUGGGUCUGUAAACGUGGCAAAAAAAAUAUCAGGCUAUCAAAGAUGGCGGCGGGCGUUCUUUUCCAACAUCUAAAGGUUGACCCGAAGAAGAUCUACCCCAACGAAACGAAGUCUAUCACAAUCAUCCACCGCCGAUGGGACCCCGUGACCGGAACUACAUCAGCACUGCUAGGAACCUCAACUGAUAUGGCGAAGGCCACCGCUGAUGUCGUCAUGAAGCCUAUUCGAACCUACCAGCAACGCAAGACCGCCGACGCAUUGGUCGAGGCAGGCCGAUCGCCGGGACCUGGCCUACAACAAGGCACCAUACCUCCAGGAGCUGGUUCACAAGGACGUGGGUGCAUGAGCACGGCUGGUGCGCUCGCCUCAGCUUCAGCAUCGGGAGUAGGCGGUUUCUUCAAGUCCUACGGCCGAGGUUUCUACCUCGAUAUCCCUCUCGCCGUCACCGAGGGUUUUCGCGCGGUGCCGAAGCUAUAUGGAGAGCGUGUCCCAGAGCAUGAACAUGUGCAGGACUGGCAAUCUGGCGCACGAGUUGCGGGCAACAACUUUGUACGAGGCAUGUCUGAAGGCAUUUCGGACUUGGUUGUACAGCCGUACAAGGGAGGCAAAGAAGGCGGCGCCCUUGGAGCGGCCAAGGGCGUCGGCAAGGGCUUGCUCGGGAUGGCAAGCAAGACGGCAUCAGGUACGUAUUCCUCUACGGUCUUCAGGUGA